AUGGCGCCUCCGCCGCCAGUUUCCCAGCCUGGCUUCCAGGCCUGCGCUUCGACGGCGUCGCUAUUUCUUUACGCCCAGGGCUCGACGAUCCUAUGUCUGCACCAUGAUACACUGGCAAUUGAGCGACGCUUUCAGAGUCACCAGCAAAACAUCGUGUUCAUAUCGGUCGAUAAUGUCAGCGAGCGGGGUGCGGGUAGAUUGGUGGUCAGUUACGAUGUAGGGCAGACGGCCAUUGUCUGGGAUAUUUUCACCGGCACCGAGAUUGCGCGCUUUGCUUCUUUCGACCAUCUGCGUAUAGCUUCAUGGAUGCGCAAUGGAAAUGUUGCAUUUGGAAAUGGCAAGGGCGAGGUGAUUCUGUUCGAACCUCCAACUUCAGAGCACAUCUCCGCGCGCACCAUCUUCGAUCCAAUCACUGCUCUUGCGCCUGCUAAUGAUUGUCGUACCUAUGCAAUUGGAUAUAACAAUGGAUCUAUAUUGAUCGCGACUCUACUUCCUCAAUUCACCAUUCUUCACACCCUUACCACUUCGCGUGGACCGUCGCCAAUCAUUUCAUUGGCCUGGCAUGCGUCUUCGUCGAAACAGAAGUCAGAUAUGCUGGCAACGCAGUCGUCAAACGGGGAUUUAAGAGUGUGGAGCGUGGCGAAACCGCCGGGAAAAGAAUCACCGCGAGUGAUUAGGGUGCUGAAACGGUCGGAUUCCAACUCUUCUGAUCCGAAAUGGAUGGGAUGGUCGAAGAACGGAAGACUUGUACAAUAUUUGGAAGGGGAAACAUGGUCUUGGGAUGUCCGGACGAAACAUGUUACCUACGAGCCAAUUCCGACGAUAGACGGUGUACGAGGAAUUGCAAACUACGGCCCUACCGCGACUCUAUUCACCCUCGGUCCCCAGCAUUCAGUCCAGCAGUAUGACCUGGAGAACCCGGCAAUGGUUGCAAAUGUGCAACAUAUGCCGGUCAUCCCCCGACCAAGCACAGCAGAAGGACGAUCAACGAUGUCUCCAAGACGCCUACAAGACCCCCCAGACCUUCGAGAGCCACCGGGAACAGUGCAACGGACGCCAUUUGACGCAAACAGCAUCGAGAGCAUCAGACAGAGGGCGGAUCUUACGAGCCCUGCUUCAUCGCGAAGUCGGACAGAAUCAGUGAGCUCAAAGGCUUCUUCCAACAAGUACAAUACUAGGCCAUUUUCUCCGCCCAGUCGCUCCGGCCAGAGUGCUACGACGUUCUCAAUGACAUCGGCAGGCCAUGAUACACCUCAGGCUUCGGCUUCCUAUGCGUAUCCCUCGUCUGUCUCGAUGUCUUCUAUGAGAAGCUCGAGGGCGGCUUCACGAUUGCGGAAUGAGGUUCAACUUAGUCCUGCUGAUAAAAAUAUUGUCGAUUUGUUUCCGUUUACUCGCGCGCGUUUGAAUGAUGUGCCUUACAAGCAACAACCGCCUCUCGAUGAAUCGAAUCUAACUUCAGAUGAUCUUCGACAACAGAUGUUGAGCGUGGUCUUUGGAUGGGACGGAGAUGUCCAGGAUUUGAUUAUAGAUGAGUUGAGCCGACAUGCUGUUGGAAGCCAGAGCGCUAUCAUCUUAACGCAAUGGCUUGGAGAGAAUGACUCGGAUGAAAUGGUCUCCAUGAUUAGUCCAGGACAGGUGACAACCUCUGACUGGAUGAUUCUGGCUCUGAGUCAGAUGAACGGCCAAGCGCAAGCAAACAAAGUCGGGCAGGCAUUUGUGCAAAAGCUGCUUGAAAUUGGCGAUAUCCAUACAUCGGCUGCGAUUCUCCUCGGUCUUGGAGACAGCAACGAUGCCAUCGAGGUCUAUGUUUCGCGCAAUCAUUUUCUGGAAGCUAUUGUCAUGACAUGUCUCCUCUUCCCGUCCGAUUGGCAACGCCAGUCAUAUCUCGUGCGUCGAUGGGGAGAGCACGUCGUUACUCAUGCCCAACAACAGCUCGCUAUCCGCUGUUUCAUGUGCACAGGAGCGGAACCGUCAGAGCCAUGGGCUUCACCGUCUGCACAACAGAAUGCUACCUUCUCAGAGAUGGUUCGCGCGCAAUCUCCUCUCACUUCCAACGAUGCACCAAAGGCCAAUAUGAUGCCUCCGCCUAUCCGACCAAGAUCUGCAUCUAACGGGAAACCUGCAGCGAGAACGCCAGCCCUGAAGCUCAUCACCUCCUUUGAUGCAGCGCCUAAUGGGCGUUUCCGCUUCCCUGGCUUGAAGUCUGAUGAUCGCACGCCAACGAAUGCACCUGGAAUCACCCCAAUCGCUGAAUCUGCUGUUCCCGACUCGGCAAUGUCCCCUGGUGGCUUCGGAUCAUAUAAACUGAACAAUAUUCAAAGUUUGAACCAAGCUAUGACAUCUAGGACUAACACACCUUCUUUCAACCGGCGUCGUCUGCCUUCAAUAGGAGAAACGCCAGUGGACGUGCAUCCUCCGACCUUCUCACGCUCCGGUUCCUACAGCCAAAAUGAGUAUAGCUCCACCUCCGAAAAUGAAAGUGGACGCGAACAGAGCCAAGAUGAGAAAGAAAGCAACAGUGGUCUUCUGACUUUGUCUUCAGCAAAGUAUACACCCAGUCUAGACUCGCUCAAGCCUAGUCCCCAGACCGCGCUGCAUGGUUCAGAUAAAUUUGCGUCAAUCAAGGGACUCCCAUCGCCAGCCGUCGGCGUCUUCGAGGCACUCACAAAUGACGACCACCGUAACGGGUCCCGAGAUCGGAAGCCGGAUGGUUUGCAAAUCGAAACCUUGGAAAGUGAACGAAAUGGAGACCGUUCCGAUUUGAUGCCCAGUGCCAAGAGCACUGCUUCGACCGCCCAUAGCUUUGCUUCAGCCAGGAGCCCAAGUGUGAGUGGUCGCAGCAUCGACCAAUACAUCAGUAGCCUCGAUGAAGCAAAUUACCAUGCGCGGAAGUUCCGUCCCCAUACCCCGGGCCGCGGUAGACGAAACCCAGACGACAAUGCCAGCCAGAGCUCACGAACGAAUCAGCCGCGGGAGACUUCUCGUGGGAUGAGCGAGCGUCGAUAUAUCCAGCCAGCCAAGCGCUCUCCUUCUUCGCCUGUUCCGAUGUCCCCUGAAGAAUUGGCUCGGUAUCACAACGGAGAAUCUGAGAAGUCGGUGGAACCGCGGAAGUCAAAGUCACGCGCCAGGAGUUCGAGCAAGGUGAGAAGGCCUGCAUCGCGAACCCGCCAACGCUCGUCAAGUCGUCACACGGCAAGCCUCGCCACAGAUAAACGGGACGCUUCAGUCCGAGGUAGGAGUAAUGACCGGCAAGGAUCCAGCGUUCGAUCACCAUCUUCGCCUCUUCCUAUGUCAUUACCUACUGAGGAAUCUUCUCCUGGCGUCGACAAUCCAUUGAGGAUUGUCGAAGGCAAUCAAAAGAGACUAAGAUCCCGCCACCGAAGUGCUAGUCGACGACGAGCCGAGAAAGGAACGAGCAAAAGAGACGGUUCUCCCGAUAUCAAACACAAAUCCUCACAGAGCCUUUCUGUAAUUCAGCCAGGACCUAAAGCAGACCCUUGGGCACAACCGGAGGUGGAGCAAUUAAGCAGCAAGGUCUUCGGUCAAGAAGACACUUACAACGGGUACCUGAAUGGACAACCCAGCUCGAGUGCCAAUGAUUUCCAGGAAGUUACCUCUCCAACAACACCAUUCGUCAGCCUCGCAGAGAGGAAACGUCGAGAGAUAGCAGCUGCUGAAUUGGAAGCGCGAAGAUUAUCAUUGGCGCGCAAUCCAUCUGCACCAAACAUCCCCUUCCCAGGCGAGCUGCAAAGCGCCAGAAGUCCACUUGUCGAAAGUCCUCCACCCUUCUCCAGCGGAAGCUCAUACUUCCCCCGUGCUCCAUCACGCAACAAGAUGACCCAAAGCAAAGCAUCCCCCGACUACCCCAGCAGCUCCGAUUCCAACUCCUCACGCUCCGGUAUGCCCGGCGGCCUCCCAGCGACUCCUCGAGCCAUGCGGCAUCCCAAGUACGGCGGAACCGGACAAGACGAAGAGCGACCACCAUCAGUGCCCAACCUCCCCACAGAAAACAGCCUCUUCCUCAGCAACGCUCGAUACCAAGGGGAAGCCGAGCGAAUCGGCCGAUCCAUGUCCGUCCCCGUCCCAGAAGGACAAUACAACGCGCCAACCAUGCCCAACGACAUCCCCAUGCAUCCGCGCUUCAACCCAGCCCUGCCCCGAAGCCGCUCCAGCAGCCGCAGCCGCAACACAGGACACCGCCGCACAAGCUCCGGUGGCUACAUCUCCGGCGUCUCCCCGCACGUCCAAGUAAGCAUCGAGGAGACAAUCGAGAACGCAAUGCAAGGCCAAACCAACAACGAGACCAUCCCACCACCACCCCCGCCCAUCCUGCCCGAACUACAGCAUCUCAACACCCCGCCCCCACCACCCCCAUUCCCGCUCCCGCUGUCGCCCCGCGAGUCCUCGGCCACUAUAGACAUCGCCAUCGAGAACAACGAGGACCUCGGCCGUCUGCUUCCUCGUGCCAUGACGGCCGCGCCGGCUGUCAAUGUCAACUCACAGACAGACUCCCGUCAGUCGGGGAGCAGACGCAUGUCCUUUGAUCAUCGGCGCAAUCGUAGCUCGAAUGAGAGCUUCACGAACAAGUUGCGCAGCUUUACGAGGAGGAAUAAUACUCGCAGCGUCGAGCCUUUGUCGCAGGUUGAGAAUGAGUAUGAGAACUUGCAGCAGCACGGGGCUGGCUCGAAUUCGAAUUAUGUUCUGCCGAGUCAGAGCUAUGUUGCGCCGGGCUCGAAUUAUGUUUGA